GGAACGCCCCUCGCUGUGAUUGGCUGACGACCGCGGUCUCCCUGUGCCAGGCUGAAGGUGAAGUGGGUCCAACUUUUCGGAUCGCGGUCGUUCUCGGCGCCUUGUGUCACCGGGUGGACUUUUAACCAUGCACGCCCAAGUCUGCAGACGCUUGGCACACAAGUACCUGUCAAGGACCUACACAUCUCGCCCUUCUCUCAAUGAAGUUGUCAUCGUCAGUGCAGUCCGCACUCCAAUGGGGUCGUUCAGAGGCAGCCUGUCAGCAGUACCAGCCACCAAACUGGGGUCCAUCGCUAUUAAAGGGGCCAUUGACAAAGCAGGAAUACCUGUUGAGGAGGUAAAGGAGGUCUACAUGGGCAAUGUAUUGCAGGCAGGAGAGGGACAAGCACCCACAAGACAAGCCUUGCUUGGGGCAGGUUUGACGCUUGGCACUCCUGCAACAACCAUUAACAAAGUCUGUGCCUCCGGGAUGAAGUCUGUUAUGAUGGCAGCACAGAGUUUAAUGUGUGGACACCAGGACGUAAUGGUGGCAGGAGGCAUGGAGAGCAUGUCCAAUGUGCCGUACGUAAUGACCAGAGACACUCCAGUCUACGGUGGAGUGAAGAUGGAAGACCUCAUUGUCAAGGACGGCCUGACCGACGUCUACAACAAGUUCCACAUGGGCAACUGUGCCGAAAACACAGCCAAAAACAGCAGCAUCGGCAGGGAGGAGCAGGAUGCCUACGCUAUCGGGUCAUACACACGCAGCAAAGCAGCGUACGAGUCAGGCGUGCUGGCCAAAGAGAUCGUUCCGGUCAGCAUUCCCCAGAAAGGCAAACCCGACGUGGUGGUGUCCGAGGACGAGGAGUGGAGGCGUGUCGACUUCAGCAAAGUCCCCAAGCUGAGGGCCGUCUUCCAGAAGGAGAACGGCACCGUGACGGCAGCCAACGCCAGCACGCUGAACGACGGCGCCGCAGCUCUCGUUUUAAUGACGAGCGACGCCGCGAAGAGACUCAACGUCACUCCACUGGCCAGGGUCGUAUCUUUUGCUGACGCUGCAGUUGCCCCUAUUGAUUUUCCUAUCGCUCCUGCAUUCGCGGUCCCAAAGGUCCUGCAGGCAGGUGGGGUGAAGAAGGAGGAUAUAGCCAUGUGGGAGAUCAACGAGGCCUUCAGCGUGGUGGUUUUAGCCAACAUCAAGAUGCUGGACAUUGACCCCACCAAGGUCAACGUCAACGGGGGAGCCGUGUCACUCGGGCACCCUAUUGGGAUGUCCGGGGCGAGAAUUGUAGGCCAUAUGGUCCACAACCUGAAGCCAGGCCAGUACGGGCUGGCAGGUAUCUGCAACGGAGGCGGUGGAGCCUCUUCCAUUCUCAUCCAGAAGUUGUAGUAAACAUCAUCGAGACCCCCACCACCACUCCCUUUCUGUUACACUUGAUAGGUUACCAAUUCAUGAAUUUCCUCUUCGAUUUAACUGUUUAAGUUGAACGUUAACUCCAUUUACCAUGAAAAAGUGCACGUGUUAUGACAUGAAUGCCAGCAGCCUUACUUGACAGCAACGUCACCGGACACGAGGUGACGUUGUGACUCCGGUCUUUAAAGAUACUCCUUUGUUUGUACUUCUGGUGCCGCAGAAAAUGACUUACUCAAAAGGGGUAAUAAAUAGUUUUUAUGAAAUC